AUGGGAUCAAACUAUUCUCUCCCAGAGCGUCCGGUCAACGAAAAGCCUGCUCGGGGGGGGCUUGACUCCGUUCAGCCAUCUAAGGACGGGGAUAUAGGGCCAGCCAUAACGGAUUCUCCUCCGCCCUACCAAGUCGAAGAGCGCGAGCCGAGCGUGUCGCUGCGACGCCUACAAGACUGGAACGACUCGCUCCUAGACGACCCCAAGAACCGCCUAGCGAUUUCAAGCUUGGCCAAUGCCUCCUACGCCGACGUCCUUGCCAACAGGUCGGCCAUCAAAUCCGACAUCCAGGUCUUCAACAUCAAAGUCCCAAUCGAAGGAACCCCAAUUACGAACCAGCGAUCCUCCGGGCGAUGCUGGCUUUUCGCGUCCACGAAUAUCUUCCGUAUACCAAUCAUCAAGGCGUACGGCCUGGACCAGUUCGAGCUGAGCCAGGCAUACCUCUUCUACUGGGACAAAAUCGAAAAAGCCAACUACUUCUUCGAAACAAUCAUCGAGACCGCACAUCAAGACGUGUCCGACCGUCUAGUGCAGAAGCUCCUCCAGGCCCCGGUUUCGGACGGCGGGCAGUGGGAUAUGGUAGCUAACCUGGUGAAGAAGUAUGGUUUAGUCCCACACGACCUCUAUCCGGAUAACUUCAACGCGCAGAAUAGCGGCAAGAUGAACUGGCUGCUCACUGCGAAACUCCGCGAGCAUGCCUUUGCCUUGCGCAAGAUUGCGCGUAGUCCGCAGCUCAAGGAUAGGGUUCAACUUGCCAAUACCAAGGAAAUAUUUCUGAAGGAAAUCCACUCGCUUGUCACAAUUCUGCUGGGUCCACCCCCUAACCCUGACGAGCCAUUUGUCUGGCAAUAUUACAACGCAGAGGGCAAGGGACGAGAGAUUCGACAGACCCCACUCGAGUUUGGGCAGAAGGCGUUCACUCAGUCUUCGCGCAAGGUCUCCCCAGACAGGCUGUUUAGCCUUGUAAACGAUCCGCGAAACGAAUAUAAUCGCCUCCUGACAGUUGACAAGUUGGGUAAUGUGGUAGAAGGUCAGCCGCUCACAUAUGUCAACGUUGAGAUGAAUAUUCUGAAAAAUGCCGCCAUCGCGAUGCUCAAGGCCGGGCACCCCGUAUUCUUCGGGUGCGACGUUGGCAAGUUUUCUGAUCGCACGUCCGGUAUCAUGGAUCCCGAUCUAGUGGACCUCUCUCUCGGCUUCAAUAUCUCCCUCGGGCUGAACAAGGCUGAGCGUCUUACCAGUGGAGAAUCCGCCAUGACCCAUGCGAUGGUGAUUACAGCUGUGCAUGUCGAACAGGGUCGACCGGUACGGUGGCGUGUGGAGAAUUCCUGGGGUGAGGCAGCUGGUGAUAAGGGAUGGUUUGUCAUGACUGAUCGGUGGAUGGACGAAUAUACAUUCCAAGUAGUGGUGGACUUCAAUUUGGUCUCUAGCGAGGUGAGAGAUGUGCUUCGACAGGAGCCUCAGGUCCUACCAAGGUGGGAUCCUUUGGGUAUCCUGGCGUGA